GUAACGACCACGAUCAGGCUCUCGCUGCUGCACUGUCUCUGUUGUUCUCGAAACCUCCGCGACACAAUGUUGACUUUAGUGCAUUGCCAGCCACGACAAGCAUGAACAGCAUCUCUGCGACUAUAUGGUUUGCAACCUUCGCCGUCGCUACUUUGAUGAAUGCUCAGAUCCCUGGCGGAGGGUUGUUUCCAGAAGACCUGCAGUCCACAUUGUCGUCUGGUGGAGCUGCGUCCUCUGCCAGUGGACCGUCUGCCGAUAAAUCAAGACCGGGUUCGACCUGGUGAAGCUAUGUCCUCGAUCAAGCCUUCCCUGUCACCCAUUCCCACCGAGCGUGUAGCUCAUGUCAACGAUGGUACUAGGGUACAGCCUACCAGACUUGCAAAGACCACAGUGGAAACCUACAGACAGCUGGGGUUGACAAGUGUCCCCACCAAGCGUACCAGGGACAAUACCAACGCCUUUGGGCAGCUGGAUAUGAUGAGUCUCGCCACCAAGCGUAUCAAGAAUGAGACGAGUACAUUCGGGCAGCUGGAGCCGACUGUAUCAGACCUUGGAAUUGAUUGUGAUUCACUCAACGGACAUCUCAAGGCGUCGUUUGGCCUUGCGAGUACUCUCACAUAUCGUCCACUCUUUCUUGUUCCGAAUCAAACAGUUCAGAGCACUGAGUAUACUGAUCGCCUUGUCCAGCGGUACUUUAACCCUGCAACCUUCCAGAGAAAACCCUUCACUUACGACUUCUUCGGUAAUGCCUGGAUGAAGGGACACGACAGCCUGUCAUAUUCACAAGACAACAAGGGUUUUCAUUCUGAAUCACUGCUUCGGUAUCUGGUGGCCAAUUGUCUUCCGCAGGUUCAUGCCGACUGGAUACAGACCCUCUGGUUCCCAACGAGUGGCCAGCGCACUAAGAAUGUUCACCAGUAAGUUCAGCAUCCGAUAUUUGACUUGUGACUGACCUUGUAGUGGCAAGGUUGUGUACUGGCUAUCGCUUAAAGAGAUGGAGUUGUUCAUACGCUACACCGGAUGCGUUGAGUUGAGAUCAUUCGUCCGAUUCUGUACGGAUGGGCAGCACAACAAACAGGAGUUCGAGUGCCUUCUAUGUGACCACAUCGACGGAGAACCAGCACCACU